AUGCACUGCACGCUGACUAUGGACACAGAGGCUGUGGAUGGCUAUAUAACGUGUGACAAUGAGCUUUCGCCUGAGAGGGAGCACUCCAACAUGGCCAUUGACCUCACCUCAAGCACACCCAAUGGACAGCAUGCCUCCCCGGGUCACAUGACAAGCACAAACUCAGUAAAGCUAGAAAUGCAGAGUGAUGAAGAGUGUGACAGGAAACCCCUGAGCCGCGAAGACGAGAUCAGGGGCCACGAUGAGGGGAGCAGCCUCGAAGAGCCCCUGAUUGAGAGCAGUGAGGUGGCCGACAACAGGAAAGGCCCGGAGCUCCAAGGCGAGGGAGGAAUCCGGCUUCCGAAUGGUAAACUGAAAUGUGACGUCUGUGGCAUGGUUUGCAUUGGGCCCAAUGUGCUUAUGGUACAUAAAAGGAGUCACACUGGUGAGCGGCCUUUCCACUGUAACCAGUGCGGCGCCUCUUUCACUCAGAAGGGCAAUCUUCUGAGACACAUAAAGCUGCACUCGGGAGAGAAGCCGUUCAAAUGUCCCUUCUGUAGCUAUGCAUGCAGGAGAAGGGACGCCCUCACAGGACACCUCAGGACCCACUCCGUGGGUAAACCUCACAAGUGCAACUACUGUGGACGAAGCUACAAGCAGCGCAGUUCGCUGGAGGAGCACAAGGAGCGCUGCCACAACUAUCUCCAGAACGUCAGCAUGGAGGCCGCGGGCCAGGUCAUGAGUCACCACGUACCUCCUAUAGAAGAUUGUAAGGAACAAGAGCCUAUUAUGGACAACAAUAUUUCUCUGGUGCCUUUUGAGAGACCUGCUGUCAUAGAGAAGCUCACGGGGAACAUGGGAAAACGUAAAAGCUCCACUCCACAAAAGUUUGUGGGGGAAAAGCUCAUGCGGUUCAGCUACCCAGACAUUCACUUUGAUAUGAACUUAACGUAUGAGAAGGAGGCUGAGCUGAUGCAGUCUCACAUGAUGGACCAAGCCAUCAACAAUGCAAUCACCUACCUUGGAGCUGAGGCCCUUCACCCGCUGAUGCAGCACCCGCCAAGCACAAUCGCUGAGGUGGCCCCCGUGAUGAGCUCAGCGUAUUCUCAGGUCUAUCAUCCCAACAGGAUAGAGAGACCCAUCAGCAGGGAGACCUCCGACAGUCACGAGAACAACAUGGAUGGCCCCAUCUCUCUCAUCAGACCAAAGAGUCGACCCCAGGAAAGAGAGGCCUCCCCCAGCAAUAGCUGCCUGGAUUCUACGGACUCGGAAAGCAGCCACGAUGACCACCAGUCCUACCAAGGAAACCCUGCCUUAAAUCCCAAGAGGAAGCAAAGCCCAGCCUACAUGAAGGAGGAUGUCAAGGCUUUGGACGCCACCAAGGCCCCCAAGGGCUCCCUGAAGGACAUCUACAAGGUCUUCAACGGCGAAGGAGAACAGAUCAGGGCCUUCAGGUGCGAGCACUGCCGCGUCCUUUUCCUAGACCAUGUCAUGUACACCAUUCACAUGGGUUGCCAUGGCUACCGGGACCCACUGGAAUGCAACAUCUGCGGCUACAGGAGCCAGGACCGUUAUGAGUUCUCAUCACACAUCGUGCGAGGGGAGCACACAUUCCACUAG